AAAUGAACAUGUCUAACAUGCAGAAAAUGUCCAGAAAAAUGCCCGUUAGGCUGCAGGUGAAGUGGCGUGAUGAGGCACAGCGUGUAAAACGAGACACGGGCAAGCUGCCUGGUGUAGAAGUCCUUGUCAGGUUCAUCGAGAGGGCGGCGGAAGCUGUGAGUGACCCCGUCUUUGGUAAGAUUGCUGACAAUCGGUCAAAUAGUGGUAAGCCGAAGACGACACAAGGAAAGCCGACAUUCGGGGGUAAACAGGACAACGCUAGACCUGUUGCCUCUACGUUUGCUACCAGUACCAGCACCUCCUCAUCACAUCUGAAAUGCUAUGAUUGCGGAGACAACCAUAGGCUGGGGGACUGUGAAGUUUUCAAGGCCAAGGACCUGAAACAGCGUGCCACUUUUGUUAAGACACACAACCUGUGUUUCAACUGUCUGGGAAGGUCCCAUGUAUCCAAGGACUGCAACGUUAAGGUGCAAUGUCAAGUUUGUGGUAAAAAACACUCUACGUUACUACAUCGCUACCAGGUGAGCGGAAAUGCCAAUUCAACUCAGCCUCAGCGAGUACAGCAACCAGUGAAUGCCAAUUCUACUGGGGUGUGCACUAUAAAUUCGAACGUCCUGCAACGCAACAGUGGGCAAGUGGCCCUUCAAGUGGUUCCGAUAAGAAUAUACGGUGAAAGUGGUACAAGUCUUACUACUCUGGCCCUGCUUGAUUCUUGUUGUCAGGACACAUUUGUCAAAAAAUCCCUAGCAGACAAACUACACCUCCACGUUGCAAGUUAUGAGCCAAUUGAGAUUCAGACAAUGACUGGCAUUGGUACGGUUCUCAGUGGACAUGUCGAUUUUAGUGUAGAGGGGGCAAGUAACCCCAUGAGAAGAGUUCAAAUUCGAGGCAGGGCAGUAGAAGGCCUGACUGUUAACUCUGUUCAUCCUGGUGACCUACAGAGGUGGGACCAUCUCAAGGAUAUCAAAAUGGUGGACGUGGAGAUUCCUGAAGUGAACCUCAUCUUGGGCGCCAACAUCCCUGAGGUGUUGGUGCACAUCGAAUCCAGACUUGGAAGAAGUGGUGAACCAUCAGCCGUAAGAACGAUCCUUGGUUGGAGCGUCAUUGGUCCGACGGGGAAUGGUAAACGUAGUACAUGCAGUGUGAACUUUGUAAGUAGCACACGCAAUAGUUUUGCUGUCAGGACUGAGUUUGAAAAGGACAGUCAGUUGUCUCAAUUUUUGGAAUUAGAUAGCCUCGGUGUCAAGGAGAGCCCUGGGAUGUCUGUUGAGGAUAGGAGAGCCCUGAACAUCCUACAAGAGAGCACCAAGCUGGUUGAUGGCCGAUUUGAAGUCGGGAUGCUGUGGCGAGAGAAAGACUUGUGGCUCCCCAACAAUAGGAGCACCGCUGAAGCCAGGCUGAACUCCCUAAGGCGCAAGUUGGGAAAGGACCCCGAGUUGAGUAAGAAGUACGCAGAGUUCAUGGCUGGGCUGAUAGAGAAAGGCUAUGCAAGAAAACUUACCGUAGAAGAAACACAGACUACCACUGACAAGACUUGGUAUUUGCCGCAUCACUCGGUUGUGAAUCCAAGAAAACCUGGAAAGGUGAGAGUGGUCUUCGAUGCAGCCGCAUCCCAUCGCAACGUCGCCCUCAAUGACCAGCUAAUGCAGGGACCGGAUUUGAUCAGUAGCCUAUUGGGAAUCUUGAUACGGUUCAGAGAGAGACCGGUGGGUCUCGUCGGAGACAUUGAGGCAAUGUUUCUCCAGGUGGCUGUGCCGGAGGAAGACACCGAUUCGUUACGCUUCUUAUGGUGGCAUGACGGUAAUGUGAAUGGCCCGGUGGAAGAGUAUAAGAUGCAGAGACACAUCUUCGGUGCCCGAGACUCACCGGCAUGCUGCAAUUUUGCGUUGAAGGAGACAGCAAAAUCAUGCACUGGCUUUAGUGAGGGAGCCCGUGAAGCCGUCUUGAAGUCGUUCUAUGUUGACGACAAGGUAGGAUCUGUAGACACUGAGGACAUUGGCAUAGCUAGGAUCCAAGAAGUUAGCGAAAUAGUUGCUACUGGUGGGUUUCACAUUCGAGGAUGGAUAAGCAACAGCUUGGCUGUCAUGAAGUCCGUACCGGAGUCUGUUAGAGCAGGAUCAGUGGUCAACCUGAACUUUGAUGAGUCACCAGUAAAUAGGACACUAGGCAUGGAAUGGGAGGUGAGACGAGACGUCUUCAAGUUCAGUGUAACGCUAGCUGAGAAACCAGCAACAAAGAGGGGUGUCCUGUCAACUCUCAGUUCCCUCUUUGACCCCAUGGGACUCAUCUGUCCUGUUGUCUUGAAGGCGAAAAACAUCAUGCAGAAUCUCUGGAGACUGCAGAUUGGUUGGGACGAGGAUAUUCCCCCAGAGGCGCAGCGAGUUUGGGAUGAAUGGAAAGCUGAAUUGUCCAAUUUAGCUAAGAUAAACAUCCCCAGAUGUCACCUGUCACAAUCCAUGGACCACCUGCUGGAAGUAUCCCUGCAUAUCUUUUCCGACGGUUCCACCAUUGGUUAUGGGAUGUGCUGUUAUCUCAGAAUGGUCUAUGAGGAUGGGACCAUUCAUUGUUCUCUCUUGUUGGGGAGAGCCAGGUGUGCUCCAGUGAAGACAACUUCAAUACCAAGAUUGGAGCUACAGGCGGCCAGGCUAGCAGUAAGGAUCUGUCAAACCAUCCAGGAUGAGAUAACGUACAACAUCAGCUCCCUGGUGUUUUGGACUGACUCACAAACUGUCUUGAAAUACAUUGCCAAUGACAGCAGACGUUUCAAUGUCUAUGUUGCUAAUAGAGUGGCAGAAAUCAGAGAUGUGACGAGCGUUGAUCAAUGGAGACAUUGCCCAGGAGUAGAAAAUCCAGCCGAUGACGCCUCCAGGGGACUGAGCCCUAUGGACAUGAACAUGCAGCAUCGUUGGUUUCGCGGACCGGAAUUUCUAUGGAUGUCAGAAGAUAGCUGGCCCCAGAACCAUGCCGAUGUGACAGACCUUUCAGCACAGGAUCCAGAAGUAAAGCAUUGUACAGCAGUCCAUGUGACCAGUGUGACUGAAAACACUGAAGGAGAGGCUGUCCUGCAGUUGGUUGAAAGAUCUAAUUCCUGGCAAGAGCUGGUACAACAAGCAGCAUUGGUCAUGAGAAUGGGACAAAUAUAUGCCACCAAAGACGAGUGUACGCCCGAGACUGUGAAAGAAGCCACAGAAUGGAUCGUCAGAAAUGUACAACGCCAAUAUUUCGCCGAGGAAAUAAGAAGACUGCAGGAAGGGAAUAAUGUGAAGGCUAGUAGCAAAAUUCAGAGCCUAAGUCCGGUGUUGGUAGACGGCAUUCUACGAGUGGGCGGGAGAUUGGAAAAUGCGCCGACACUGACUUCAAACGAGAAAUAUCCCAUCAUCUUACCCAAGGAUAAGACUGGUCGAUUGGUAAUGCUUGAUGCUCAUCAGAGGCUGGCACAUGCCGGGAGGGAACAGACCUUAGCAGAAACAAGAAAGGAGUUUUGGAUAUUAGGAGGACGUCAUCUGGCUAAGAACAUUAUUAGAAACUGUUGCGAUUGUCGUCGUAGAAACGCCAGACCAAUGAAACAGGUGAUGGCAGCGUUACCAGAAUUCAGACUCGUUCCCUUCCAACCAGCUUUCACCACGACUGGAUGUGACUUGUUCGGUCCCCUAGAGAUCAAAUGGGGCCGCAAUACGGCUAUCAAGAGAUGGGGCUGCCUAUUUACGUGUUUGGUUACCCGAGCAGUGUAUUUGGAGAUGGUACAGUCUCUAAGUAGUGAUGAUUUUGUGCUGACACUGAGACAGUUUAUCAGCAGGAGGGGACCUCCAGAAGAGAUUCGAUGUGACAAUGGGUCAAAUUUCACUGGCGCAGCCAAGGAGCUGGGGAAGGCCAUAGAAGAGUGGAAUCAGCAGCAGAUUGUGACGGAGAUGCAACAGAAGGGCAUUAAGUUCAUAUUUUUGCCCCCUAAUGCCCCACAUAUGGCCGGUGUAUGGGAACGUCUGGUUAAGAUUUCCAAGAGACACCUACAAGCACUUUCUGGUGGAUAUUUGCUGACAGACAACGGUCUUCGAACUCUGUUAGCUGAAGCUGAGGCCAUCAUGAAUGGACGACCACUGUGUCCAGUAUCAGAGGACCCAAAGGACUUUGAAGCGCUCACACCCAACCAUUUUCUUGUUCAAAGAAAAUUGGUAGGAUUACCUCCAGGAGUUUUUGUCAAGGAAGACGGUCUCUUACGUAAGGAGUGGAGAAAGGUCCAGUGGGCAGCAGAGCUCUUUUGGCAGAGGUGGUUAAAGGAAUACCUACCGUCUCUUCAGCACCGGCAGAAAUGGAGGACGACUCAACGAGAUGUACGUGUUGGCGACCUUGUCCUUCUCGUGGAGGAUGGAGUAAAACGAGGUCAGUGGCCCCUGGGCCGAGUCACCAAGGUUGUAUGUGGCCAAGACAAUCAUGUCCGAUCGGCAUUUGUGAAGACCGAGCAUACUGAAUUGCAUCGUCCAAUCGUCAAAAUGUGUCUCCUGGAAGCAGCUGAGGACGAUUCUUCCAAGGAUGAUUCUGAGUAGGAGCAGUAAUUAUGAGACUUAAGACGAUUCUCCGCUAGACGUAACGGGAGAAAUUCAUUCAUUCUGGAGAAAACGUCAUUGUGUUCAGAAACCUGUGUUUAGAAAGUUGUGUUUGAUAUUCAAGGGUUAAAAUUAUCUCUUUUGCAUAAGCUCAUGUUGCAAUUUGAAUCCAAGUUGACACCUUUAAGCCUUGCCUAUUCAUGGGAUGCACAUUUUUAGGGAAAACUGUUCAUUCACUCAAUAUCAGUCAAUAGUUGACUGUUUUCUGGGCGGAUUCAAUCUGUUAAAAUUUGUCUAUUGUCAAGGUUACAGGUUGUCAGUUUUGGAGGCAAAUAGCACUCAUGAGUUUUAGACUGUACCAGUGAUCAUUUGGUGAUUUGUGAGGGUGCAAGUGAAUUACUGCUCUCUAUUUGAAAUUCAAGGAUAAAAGUUGCGGAUUUACAGUAGUGGGAUCAGUAACUGGAAAUUCAGUACUUCAGUUGCGUAAAUUGACUAUGUUAGGGUGUAGGCGGAUCGCUGCCCUCUUCAUAGUCUUGGUGUUUGUUUCAUGGUUAUAAUGUUUUAUAAGUUCACCAAUUCAACAUGUUUGCAAGUGACAAUUUCGUUAUCAUAUAUAUUAGUGGACAAUCAGCCGAGACACUGCCUUGAAGUCUGGAUGUUUUGAGGCAACUAUUUUAUGGACAGUGAAUGAAAGGAUUCACCUGUUAGAGACCUAAGUUUGAGUAGCCUUUUCGGAGGCAGGUCAUACCUGUAAGCUUCAUUUGAACUUGUGUGAUUCAUGAUUUGGAUUCUAGUCUACUUUGAACUUGUGUGAUUCAUGAUUUGGAUUCUAGUCUACAUUUUGAAAUUACUCUAAAGUCACUUAUAUAAGGUUUAUUGUGAUGUUGGUUUUACAGACACUCCUGUUUGGUUUAACAAGCUCCUAUAAGGUUAGUUCGCUUGUUGGGGCCGCUGUGUCGUGUCUACUUGCUCAGCUAUGUCACAACCGGUCCUCCUGGAAUUGGUCCUGGAGGAGACUACUUUAUGUAACAACGACAACAGACACACAUUUAUCGGAAAGCCAAGGGGUUUUCCUUUUUUCUGAUGCUGUAUAAGACAGCUUAAUUUGAGGCUCCUGCAUGAAAGGCAUGCAUUGUUUAUUAGCGGGUUGAGGAGCAAAGUGAUUUUCACCUCAGGCAAUAGAGGUAAAAUACAAGAGUUUACCAAAUGAGAGUUAUCUUCCUU